CUCAAAACACGGGAAGAAUGCCAUCAGCGGUGCAUUUGGCCAUUGCAUGCAUUCUCUUUACUCACUCACUGUUGGCCACCAAUCUUAAUGAGAGCGCAGAAAAGACUGGAAGUGAAGUGUCGAAGAAUUACGACAUCAGUGUCUCGAUAAGAGUGCCCAUCAUUAUUGUGGUCCUGCUUCUGGUGUUUGCGUUCAUAUUCUGUCUGUUAUGUACUCUCCGCGACACUCCCACCGCUUUCCCAAUGAGGUCUCAACCGGUAAUUAUCGCCAAUUCCAACCGAUCCGAAACAGAGACCACUCAACACCUGCCGGCUGUCGUCCAACACGUCGUUCCGCAGCUGACUGUCGCUAAUCGAAGACAGUGUGUCCACCCUUUGCCUCAAACGCCCGCUCAAACAUCCGAUACGAGUCCUAAAGAGCCGUCAGUCCAGAGCACAAACUCUACUGAUAUUUCUGAGGAGAAGACACAGCGAGUGGUAAUUAGUCCGAUGCGCACCAGAAAUCAGCGCCAAAAAGCCAGUCCUAUGGCCAGACAUGACCCCAAUAUCGCUGGUUUGGCCGCAACUGGCAAUAGCGGACAGGGAAUGCGGAGCCCAAGUCCUUCUCUCUCUCCUCCAGAGAACGGCCAAAACGAUCAAAAGCCGCUGGAAUUUGGUGCCAAAGAAUUGGGC